GUUAUUACAGAUUUGUUCUCAUUAGGUUAUAAUGGCUCCUAUCCUACGUGAGCCAACCAUUGCUUAUGUGGAAAGAAGGGCAUUUUUAGUCUCAUAUUAAGUUAACAGAGAAGAAACAUAUUGAAACUCAUCGUCUCACGGUGUAGUUAAAACGGUAAGUUUCAUCAAAGGACAAUCAAGCAAUUUCCGUAAUAGAGGGCAAAAUUUCCCGCCAAAUCUCAAUGUGCUUUAUCUGUUAGCUUCCUCUGCACAUUACUUGAAAUUUUAAUUGCUCAAUCGGCUUUCUAUUCUUCUUCAACAACUGCGCGAGAACUAUUAUUUCUUGAUGUCUAAGAAGCGAGGGCUUUCGUUGGAUGAGAAACGUGAGAAGAUUCUUCAAAUAUUUUACGACUCACAGGACUUCUUUCUCCUUAAGGAACUUGAGAAGUUGGGGCCCAAAAAAGGCGUGAUUAGCCAGUCUGUGAAAGAUGUUGUCCAGAGCUUAGUUGAUGAUGAUCUUGUUUCAAAAGACAAGAUAGGAACUUCAGUAUAUUUUUGGAGUCUUCCUAGCUGUGCCGGAAAUCAGUUGAGGAAUGUAUACUGCAACCUUGAAUCUGAUCUGCAAAGCAGUAAGAAGCGGUAUGCAGAACUCGUUGAUCGGUGUGAUGGAUUGAAAAAAGGGCGUGAGGAAUCUGAUGACCGAGAGGAGGCAUUAGCCGACUUAAAAGCAAUUGAAUUAAAGCAUAGUGAGCUGAAGGAGGAGAUGGGACAAUAUGCAGACAAUGAUCCUGCUGCCUUUGAAGCAAUGAAGACAGCUAUUGAAGUCGCCCAUGCCGCAGCUAAUAGAUGGACAGACAACAUCUUCACGUUGCGACAAUGGUGUUCGAACAACUUCCCCGAGGCCAAAGAGCAGCUUGAAAACAUGUACAAGGAGAUGGGAAUAACAGAUGAUUUUGACUAUUUGGAGCCUUUAUCAGUCGUUCCACUCAGCUCAGUGGACCAUCAGAUUCUGGAAUCCAAUCCUUAAAUGACACAAGUUGGUUUAUGUUCUUUUCAAAGGUACAGUUGCAGAUAAUGCAAGAGUGGGAACAAAACAUUACCUCCAAAAUUACGGAGCAUAUACGAUUUUGCUUUGCCUGCUUUAGGUACUAUUGUCAUUGCUCAGAGUUUAUGGGAUGCAGUACCGUAGAAAUUAGAUCAUAGAUCAUUCCAUUCACACCCUCCUGGUAUGCCUGUAGGUUAAUCCAAUACGUGUGCGUUCCAUGUACUGGUCAAACAUUUGGCUAUGGUUGAACUCGGUGUUAGCUUGCUGCCAUCUUUCCCUCGUUAAGCAGUUAAAAGCAAGAGAUACAGAUGCAAAUCUCAUGAUUAAAGAAUCAUAGCAAUUCCGCAGUUCUCACGAUCAAAUUGAUAACAGCUAUCUGUUUAUUGGCUGAACCAUUUUAUUUUAGUGUUCAACUGUCCUUUAAGUCAA